UUUAACACAGUAUUUUCCGUGGCACAUGGUCUAACUAACAUAGCUGUAGUAUUACAAAUGAGGACCGUUAAUGACGACCAGACAAUAGCCAUUUUCAUUGUCAUGGCUCAAAUAUGGUUCUUAAAAGACAUCAUAUUGCUCGCAUGUUUGAGCAUUGCUUGUGAAAGAUUGUAUGUGACAGCAAAGGAACUUCAGAGUACGCUGGUCGUGCUCAUACAGAGACCAGGAUGCUCAGAAGCCCGAAGAAGAGUGUGCAAGAAUAUAAAGCGCUUCCAAAAAGCAGGCUUCAGCAAGUUGAGCGCGUGCGGCGUGUUCAUGAUCGACGCCACGCUGCCGCUGCGGCUGUUCAGCUUCAUCACCACUCACACCAUCGUGCUGCUGCAGUUCUCCUUGUAG